CAAAACUUAUCGUUUCGCGGAUUCGCGACAUAGAUGUAGAGUGCUAGAACGAUUCAACACUCCUCGUGGCCUGGCUUUCGCACCUUACUGUGAUAGGUAUCUCUUCCUCGUCACGGUCCUGCAGAGAACGAUAACCUCCUGGAGCUGGAUGGAAAACGGAAGGGUUGUUUUGUUCACUUAUUACGAACAUUUCCGAUCUUCUCGUUUUGGAGCAGCAUGCAGGUUGGUGGGGUAGACAGAUAGCUCUGCCGCUCAACGUCCUUGUACAAUGUGUCUAGAAUUGGGCUCAACGGACUGUGCCGGGAGUGGGGAUCUUUCAUCUGCGUCGUAAGUGUUGCUCGAACUGAUCACAGCACACAGGUAUGUCAGAAUGCGGUGUCUCGAUAUACCAACAGACCAUCGUCUUCGAAAGAUACUAAACUGUCAACCAAAGCUCCAGCAGUCGAGUGGCGAACGAAGCGAUCAUCUUCGAAUCCUGGAGAAAUUCGGACAAGGAAUACUACGCAGCGCCCAAGCAUCCGCUGUGUCAGUUCCCGAGCUAGACUUCUGUCUCGAACUAGCGAGGCCAGAGACGACUGGUGGGAUUGUAGUGGUUCUGCAGCAUCCAGAUUUUUCUCAGAUCUACAGCGAUGGAUUUGCUGCGGAAGAGGCGCGGUGCAGAACCUUACGUGCAGUGAAAGAGCUCGUUCAGUUUGGCUCUGGUGGCACCAGGGAUACGGAUUGUGUGUCGAUACUUGACUGCAUGCCUUUUGCUACCGAUGACUACAACGGGUCUGAAUUUCACAAAGAGGGCCAAAGAAUAUUCUUGCGCGCUUUAGAAGCCAAGAGACCAGAUGUCGUAAUAUCCUGCUUUCGUACAGAGACACCAGAACGAUUCUUGCGACUACUUCAGGGAAGCGGCAUUGGUAGACCGCCUCGCGAACCCAUCCUGUCCUUUCCCGGUAAGCGCUACUCUUUCACCAGGAUCAGCGUCUUUCAUCCCGGAUAUGUAGUAAAUCACGUAAGAACUGAAAGUUGUUUUCGAAGGCUGCUGGCUUUGGAGUUCGCCAAAGGUUUUGGCAUAUGGCACGAGACUUGGAAGGAGGAAGCAUGGAUGGAAAAGCUUCGCCGUCAGUGCCGCGAGGUUGCGGAGCAAUAUAGCAGUAUGUGCCUCUCUAAUCCCUCUGCAUGGACUAUAGAGUAAGGCUGAUUAGUCUUAGAAGCCAGAGAUGCGGAUGAUGCAAGACUAUCACGUUUCAAUGCAGCACAGGGAGCUCUAAGCCAAGCACUGUCAAAGCUCAAGUACUUUCGACUAUUGUCCUUCAGUACCCAAGGGUGGAUACAGGCGAAUAUCACUGAUUCGCAAAUCACUUGGCAUCUUUGCGAUGUCGGGCUGGCUCUUAAGGAAGCAGUUAAGCAACAGACCAAUCUCGUAUCUUACGCGUCUC